AUGGAGCCACAAACCGAUCUCCCAACUCUAGUCGAAGAUCUCGAAGUCAACAUCGACGAGCUCACCACGACACUGGCGCCCCUGCUCGCCUCGCCCUUUAGCAAAACCGCAUCCUCGCUGCCGCUGCUGGAUAAAUCGAAACUCUACGUGCUCGCCGCCUACAGCAUUGAGUCCCUGCUCUUCUCCACCCUGCAAGCCAGCGGCAUCAACGCAAAGGAGCAUGCGAUAUUCCCCGAACUGGCGCGGCUGAAGGGGUACUUUGGCAAGAUCAAGGAGAUUGAGGACAGAGGUGUAAAGGGCAGUGCGGAGGGGAGGGCGAGGCUGGAUGUCGGUGCCGCUCAGCGCUUCAUCAAGCACGGGUUAAGCGGGAAUGAGCGCUACGAUCUCGAGCGCAGGGAGAAGAUGGCAAAGGAGAAGGCGCGCGCGGCAAUCAAGGCUCGACAGAUCAACAAGAAGUUUGACAACGAGGGCAAGGCGGGGGUCGAGGACAAAACAAACGUCACGCCUAAGAAGCGCGCUGUCGACGACGUGGACGUGGAUGUGGACGACGCCAGUGCAGCAGAGGACAACCCAGCUCACGACAGCAACAACAACCAUCCCACACGCUCAGCAAACCCAGUCUCCAGCAACCACACCAGCAAGAAACCCCGCGUCUCAACCGAAACCGCAAACCCGCCAUCCUCGACAUCCAACCCCUCCUCACCCCCGUCCUCACCCCAGCCAGACAAACCACACAGCAAACAGCAACUACAACAACAACAGUCCAGUCAACCCAACCCCGCCCCCACCAAAAAACGCCGCGCCCGCUCCAAGAAAUCUGCUCUCCACGACUCUCCUCCCCCAACUCCAAACGCACGAGCAGAACCCGCCACCCGCUCAACCCGCAAAUCCCGCCGCCACAACCCGCGCACGUUUGACGAGCAAAAGGCCGAGGAGUUGGUUUUGCCGUUGGGUGGGGUCAAGGGGGGACAUGGUGGGGCGAGGAGUGCGGUGUUUAGUGCGCUGUUGGGUGGGGGUGGGGAUGGAGAGUUGGACGGGGAAAAAGGAGGGGAAGAAGGGGGGAAAAGGCAAAGGAAAAGAAAGGGGGAGGGUGUAAGAGUCUAG